AAUAGUUAACCUUAAGAUUGAGUGAAUGCUGAGAUAUGAUCAUAGCACAAAUCCCGCGCACGCUGCAUCAUCAUCAUAUCCAUUUAUUGCUACAUUACAUUACAUUCACCUCUCCCCGGAAAGAUAAUAGUACACUUUUCAAUUACAUUGCAACUCCACGUACUAUAUAUAUUAAUUCAUCAUAUAGAAUAAUGCUAAUUCAACCAAUCAUAUUAUAAAUAAUUCAAUUCACUGGUAAUGUUUCGAUAAUUCCUAUUCUCCAUCAUCAGAUUCCUCAUUCCACAUAUUCCGAUCAGAUGGACUCUUCUUCCGGCGACCGUCCUAAAGCGGCGGUGAAUCGAGCCAAUGUCGCCGGAGAGAACCACAUACCGCGGCUUAAGAAUCAAUUCAACAGCAAAAUUGAAGAUGCAGAGUCUAACAAUAGGAAGAGGAAGAUCGUCGCUGUCACCGAUCUCUAUAACAGAUCGGAGUCGGAGCUGAAUGGAAACUCCACGAGAAAGAAGAAGAAACCGAUUCAUCAAGAGAAGGAAGGUGAUUUUGGCAAGGGACUAAUGGAUGUGUAUAAGGUCAACAAAGCCAAAAAUGGAAUUGAAGAUACCAAACAACAGGAAAAGGAAGGGAGCUGUAACAAGGUUAACAAAGCCAAAAAUGGAGUCGAAGAUACCAAACAACGGGGUAUAUCCAAAAAAGCCAAGAAGGGUGAAAGUUUGAUGUGUCAUCAGUGCCAGCGGAAUGAUAAGAGUGGUGUUGUCUUUUGCUCAAGUUGCAACAGAAAGCGCUAUUGUUACGAAUGCAUUGAGAACUGGUACCCAGGAAAAACCCGAGAGGAAUUUAAGAACGUGUGUCCAUUUUGUCUGGGUAAUUGUAACUGCAAAGCUUGCUUACGGGAGUUUCCUGUGCUGAUGGACCGAGAAAUAGACGCCAGUGUCAAAUUACAGCGGCUGCUGUACUUGUUAUCUAAAGCCCUGCCAGUUCUGAGGCAUAUCCACCGGGAACAGAGCUUGGAACUAGAGACUGAAACCAAAAUAAGGGGUAAGGAACUACAAGAAAUUGACAUAACAAGAACAAAGCUAGAUGAAAGUGAACGCUUGUACUGUGACAAUUGCAAUACAUCCAUAUAUGGAUUUUACCGUAGCUGCCCCAACACCGGUUGCUCUUAUGAUCUCUGUCUCGUGUGCUGUCAAGAGCUCAGAAAGGGCUGCCAACCUGGAGGCAUGGAGGCUGGAACAUCUCAUGAAAAAUUUGAAGAGAUUUUUCACCAUCACGGUUCAACAAAAAAUCGGAGUAAAAUACAUCGUAAAAGAUAUGACUGGGAGAGCGAACUUGCACCUACUAGUUUUCAUUAUCAGGCUGACAUGUUCUCUCCCUUCCCAGAAUGGAAAGCUAACGGUGAUGGUAACAUUCCAUGUCCUCCAAAGCAGCGUGGAGGUUGCGGUACUGCAUUACUAGAACUGAGACGCAUUUACAAAGCUAAUUGGGUAGCAAAACUACUAAAUAAUGCCGAGGAUCUCACUAGAAAUUACACGCCAGUGGAUGUGGAUAUUACUGAAAAGUGUUCUUCCUGCCAGCUAAACUUGUUAGAAGGAAAAAUCAAUCCUGAAGUCAGGAGGGCAGCAAUUCGGGAUGACAGUAAAGAUAACUUCUUAUAUAGUCCAAACACCCUUGACAUAUUUGAUGAUGAGAUCGAGCACUUCCAGAGGCACUGGAUGAAGGGAGAACCUGUGGUUGUGAGAAAUGUUUUGGCCAAAACAUCUGGUCUAAGUUGGGAACCAAUGGUUAUGUGGAGGGCCCUCAGAGAAACAGGUUCCAAAGCGAAGUUGAAAGAGGAAACACAAAGUGUUAAGGCUGUUGAUUGCUUGGAUUGGUGCGGGGUUGAAAUUAAUAUACACCAAUUUUUUCAAGGCUACGUAAAGGGUCGAAUGCAUAAAGAUAAGUGGCCAGAAAUGUUGAAAUUGAAAGAUUGGCCUUCAUCCACCUCUUUUGAAGAGCGCUUGCCUAGGCAUGGUGCUGAAUUCCUUGCUGCACUUCCGUAUAUGGACUACACUGAUCCAAAAUCAGGUCUUUUAAAUUUUGCUAGUAAACUUCCUGCUGGCUCGUUGAAACCAGAUUUGGGACCCAAAACAUAUAUUGCUUAUGGAUUUUCUGAAGAGCUUGGCCGAGGAGAUUCUGUGACCAAACUGCACUUGGAUGUGUCUGAUGCGGUGAAUGUGCUGACACACACAAACAAGGUGAAUAUAGCUCCCUGGCAGAGAGAAAGCAUAAAUAAAUUGAAGAAGGGAUACGAUAAAGAAGACUAUUCUGACCUUUAUUGUGAAGCUUCAGCCAAUGUUGAUGGAAAAUCUAAAUCUAAAGCAUUGGACCAUGACCAAAAGGCAGAGAAUGAAGUUAACCGGAUUACACGAAGUAGCCAAGUAGAUCAGUGCAUUUCAUCAAUAUCCGAAGACUGGUGUGGAAAGUUAGAAUCACGGAACACAAUACAAUGUGAUGAUAACGGAAAGGGCUCUUGCACUUACAGAAUGAGGAUUAAUUUUUCAGAUGGUAAUGUGUCUAGUGAUCCCAAGAUAGAGUCAAAACAAGGCAUGGGGAGAGAUUCUUUAGACAUUGAUAAUGGGGCUGAGGCUGUCCUUGGUGGUGCUGUUUGGGACAUCUUCCGCCGGCAAGAUGUCCCAAAGUUAAUUGAGUACUUGAGAAAGCACAAGAAGGAAUUUCGUCAUAUCAAUAAUGAACCUGUUGAUUCAGUUAUUCAUCCUAUUCAUGAUCAGACUCUAUUCUUAAAUGAGAGGCAUAAGAAACAGCUAAAAAGAGAAUUUAACGUUGAACCAUGGACUUUUGAGCAACACCUUGGGGAGGCUGUUUUCAUUCCAGCAGGAUGUCCUCAUCAAGUGAGAAAUAGACAGUCUUGUAUGAAGGUUGCACUUGACUUUGUUUCUCCAGAAAAUGUUGAAGAAUGUUUACGGCUAACUGAAGAGUUUCGUUUACUCCCGAAGUCCCACAGGGCCAAGGAGGACAAAUUGGAGGUUAAAAAGAUGACCCUUUAUGCUGUAAGUAGUGCUGUUAGACAAGUCAAAGAAUUGACUAUGGCCAAUGAUGAAAGACACUCCACCAUACGUUCAGUUGAAUUGACAAUGUGUAGCUUCUCACAUAAACGGUCUCAGGACAGGAAAAUGGAUGAGUGGGUGUGCAAGCGAGCAUAGACUUAGGGUUCAAACCUUACAAGGAUGUAGCAAGAGCACAUGCCCCAUUGGCCAUUGGCAGGCUGUGGGGCAUGAAAAUUGUGUUUACUUUUCUUCCACUCCUUCAUCGGGUUUUAGCCCUUUUCUUUGCAUAUUUUGAUGAAUGAUUGUAAAAACAACAUAUGAUAGUGAAUGUUUUUCAACAAGGAAAAAAGCGAAUGUGAUUCAACAGAUUAGUGUCAAUUAAUCAAGUGAAUGUUUAUGUCAUUAAUCAGAUAUACUAAGCUUCCCUUUAUACAGAUGAAUAUGCCAAGAGCUUCUUUUUUUUUCUUUUUCGAGAAUAGGCCAUUGAAUAGAUCCGCCACUAAAAAAGGGGAAGCACUUCAGUGCCAUAGUAAUAUGGUGCCAUUGUGCGAUAAGACCAAUCAGAUUUUGACACGUGUCCAGAAAACGCAACAUUACAUGUUCAUUCUCGCUUUCAGAAAACGCGAUCCAGAAACCACCAUCGGUUUUCUUCGUCGUCCGCCGCCAUAAGCUUCAACCACCGCCCUCCGCCGCACUGUUGAACAUCAAUUUAUCACAGGCCGCCGGCUAUUCACAUCCCUCCUUCUCAAUCUCGUAUUCGAUUGAAUCCAUGUUGUUUUGGUGAAUAAGAUUUUUGGCUUAUCAAGAUGAUUUUUGGUGUGUCAAUGGUUGCAGGAAGGUUGGAUCUGUUUGAAGGAUUUUGAACAAGAAGAUUGGACAGCUGUUAUUGGGAAGGAAAGUCUCUAAAGAAGGCUUAGAUCUUGUUAUGUGUAUUCAAUUAAGUCAGAUUUUGAUUACAUGUAUAUUAGAUUAAGUCUCUAUCAUGUAAUUUGGAUCUCAAUGUGUAUAUGAAAUUAAGUUUUAUCCAUCAAU